CGUGAAUGCCGGAGACAGGAGGACCGUGGACUACCAAUCCCAGAACUCCCGGCACGGGACCCGCGCACGGCGCAGGCGCUCUCAGCAAACCCGCGGAGUUCUCCAACAUCUUCCAAUAAAGAACUGGUUAUAAAGAGUGAUCAACAGAACAAUGAAGAUAUGAAACCAGUCCAGAAUUUCACAACAAUACCAAUCACACAGGCUCUCAACUACAAUAUGAGCAAAGAAGAACAUUUAGAAAAAGAACCUUGGAAUGUAUAUAGCCAUCAGAGCCCAGUUAACGUCUCCAUCAAUGGCAUUCCCUGCAUUCUCUUUUGGGCCAAAAGGAUCACAAUUAAAUUUAAGAAUCAGACCUGGCUGGACCUUACAGAUGAAGCAUUUGGCUGGAAGACAACAGUGGACACUGGCAAGUCAAAUUGCGGUGAAGAGAGCUCCAUGUUGUCUCUGAAGUUUGGUGAUACUGAAAAUUCCAAAGGUCUUUGUAUAAGAUUCAUCCUUACCAGUUACAACAAGUUGUCCAUCCAUAGUUGGUUUAGCUUGCACCGAGUCGAGAUUAUUCUGAACAACUCAAUCCAAGCAACUUUUAAUGCAUCUGGCAUAUACGCUCCAUUGGGUUACUCCUACCACUGCCAGCGUGUCAGCAGCCUGAAGCAGUAUGACACCCUCUUGCUGCCCAGCGACUGGGACAACUGGGACGAUAUGGCAAGCUUGUGGGAGGUCACUUUUCUUGAUUUCCAGAUCCAAGGCUUUACCAUCAAGGGGAGACAGUUUGCCAAGGCCCGAGACUGUGCUGCUUCCUCCUCGCCAGCAGUUCUGAUCGGCCUGGCGAUGUCCCUGGUCCUGUUGCUGGUGCUGGCCUAUGCCCUGCACAUGCUCAUCUACCUGCGGUACCUGGACCGGCACUACGACUUCAUGGCCUCGCCUGCCCACUUCCCACAGUUGAGAGCGUGGGACGCAGCGGAAGAGAAGGAGCUGCUGAGGGGCCAGGGCGUGGAAUGCCAUGAACUGAGAAGCCAGCGGAUGGGCGACAUUUAUGUCUAGUGGCACAGGCCUCCCUCGCCCUCACGACAUCCACAGUGGGCUCCGAAAGGAGUUGCUUCUGUUCUGUGCUCUUUGACUUGUGAAUUAGAGGUUUUCACCAAAUAGCUUGAUUCAAAAAAGAAAAAGGAAAUACAGAAUGGAUCAUUUUUGAAGCAUUCACUGGCCUACUUAGAUAGACUUGGGGCAAUGAGAAAGGUAUCUCAGGGAUCACACAGAGAUAAACAUGACUGUUGCCCCAAAGCUACCUUGAAAGUAAAAGUAAACGGAUGUUUCAAGUUAGAGAGACAAAAAAAAAAGAGAGAGAGAGAGGGAGAGAGAGAGAGAAUGAUGCAAUAUAGAGAAGGGAAAGUAUGCUUAGUCCUCCAGGCCUGUGCCAGUUCAGAUGUGAUAUGUAUGGAAAUAAUAAACCCAGGGUUGUCUGGAAGUUCAGAAUUUAAA